AUGUCCAUUCAUAAGGUUCAAGAAUUUAAUGAAAUCAGUAGAUCACGAACGAGCUCUCUCUCCUCGCAUUCGAACCGGGCAAUCUCACCUCACGAACCGAUCGUGAAUUCUAAUCGGGAAACAAACCCGGCUCAUCCAAGUCAUAUCAAAACGAACUCACGUACCGGUACGUUCCCCGUAAAAAAUCCAAGUAAUAUUCGCUCGAAGUCUAGUGUCCCCGAAUUUUCGUCCGUUCAAAGAACUCAACGGUCAGCAUCAGAAGCCUAUCCCUAUAAACACAGGAGUUUCGUUAAAAAUCCAUCUAGAUCAAGCUUGGAUAAAUUUAGCUCUUCACCGGAAGAAAUGAGACAUAAGUUGGGAUCUACUCCACCAACAUCCACACCGUCAUCUCCAGUGAGCUCUAAUGAUGAUUACUCCUCCGGAAGUUCAUCGAGUCAUGAAAAUCUGCUGACUUCAGAGAAAGUCUGUUUAAAGUAUGUGGUUGGCCGCGAAAUCAAACCCUGUUACGGAUUCAAUGGACGUCGUAGAACUUUUCAUGGGCAUCAUGAGACCAACCGAAAAUCCGUCAUAAUAAAAAAAUAUCCUGAAGAGGAGAAAAAAUUAUGGAACAAUGAGAUUGAAAUGAUUAAAAACUUAAGUUUGGAUUGCGUGGUCGAGUGGGAAGAUAAGGAGGAGAUGUCCCCCAUGAAUUAUAUUUCUGUGUUCGUUUGUCAUGGGAGGACCUUGGGUUCCGAAAUUCAGGAGUAUUCAUCAAUUAAACAGUUCCAACAGGUCCUAAAAAGUAUUUUCAAUGGAUUAAAACAUUUGCACGAAAAAGAUGUGGUGCAUAUGAACCUAAAUCCCCAUAACAUCUCGCUUCAAAGGAAGCAAGAUAGUUAUGAGACAAGAAUCUCGGAUUUUGAAUCGGCAAGAAAGAUCACUGUCCAUUACUCCGCAGACGUCUAUAGUUUUGCGACAAUCAUGUAUUAUGUUUAUAAUGGAGGGAAGAAAACGAUAUAUAAAAAUAUGGAAGAAUUGAAUGAGCUAAAGAAAGGUGUGCCACCUGACCUUUUAAAUGAGAUCCGAGAUAAACAGGCAUCUCUUUUGAUGCAAAAUAUGCUUCACCCCAUUCCACAAGAUCGACCGACUCUUUGGAAGAUUUCGAACAGAUACUUUGGGACCUGA